CUGCCGGUCCCAUCAACCCCAAACUUUCUGUCAUUUCCCUUUUUCUUCGGCUACUUUUCUUCUUUUUUUUUUUCUACAUCACAAGCCAAUCCUUUUGUAUUCAACUUUCUCAAACAUCUCCCUCCUUCCGCCUCUCCAUCACAAUGGUUUCCUCGUCUGCGCUCGUCGUCGCCGCCACCGGCAUCUCACUCGCCGCCGCAGCCGCGCCCCUCGAGGUCAUCACGUCCGUUCUCGUCAUUGGCGCCGACAAGAUGCCUCUUGAGGCCUCUGUGUCCUCUGUUGGCCCCUCUGCCACCGUCUUCGCCCUCAACUGCCCCAGGAACGUCGACAGCAACAGCUGCGGCCUCCCUCCCAAUGGCGCCGUGAUCACCUACGGUCCCUCCACUUGGGCCAUGACGUUGACUGGCGCCAACGACAACGGUGCUGUUGAGACACAGCCUGCCAACUGUAAACUUGAUCCGGCCAAGGACGUCGCAGUUUGCGCCGCCCCCGGCACCAACAAAGUUGUCACCACCGAGACGGUGUCUAGCUACAAGACUUAUUUGCAGGACGUCACUAUUACUGCUGGCCUCACCAAGCUUGCCGGUGCUACCAACAGCGGCAGUGCGCCUUCGAAGACGGCUACCGCCUCCGGAUCUGAUGCCUCGUCCAAGUCCGAUGCCGUCAAGACCGGAUCGUCAAGCACAUCAAGCGGCGCUGGGGCCCCUAUUAUGACACAGAAUGCUGUGCUUGCCGGAGCGGCUGCCGUUAUUGGCGCUUUGGCUCUAUAACUGGUCCUGUAUACCAAAACGAACCCGUCAUGUAAUACAAUACUUAUCACACAUAACAUAAAGUGUACAAGUUUACUAGUCCCCUAACCGUGGGCCACCUUUGUGUAUUAAAGGAAAAAGAAACGCCGGCCAAGUUUGGCCACUACCUAGUAUUAACGAAUAUUUGGUCGCUUUUUGUUUCCUCCGUCAAAUCGCUCUGCCAUGCUUUUAAUGAUGAAAAAUGUCUAAAGUCCUAUGUCCAAACACACACUUGGUUUUGUACGAAAUUCGUUGACUUUAAAAUGCAAAUAGGCCGCUUCGUCGUUUGCCAAGAGGAUAGACAAUCAAGGCGCUGAGGAACAGUCCCACGCUGAGGCUGAUGGCCACCUGUAGGACUCGGAAUAGGACGGUGAGUCCCGUGCUGUCUAAGGCACUCGAUGCUUUCCCGUCACCAUGGUUUCCGGCUAUCUGAUCUGCAAACGCGAUGCUCGAUAUCAGGGAUCCGCCUGCAGCAACACUUCCAGGCACAAGGACAAAAAUGGCUGGAAGCAUUGCUGCUGCUGCAAGGCUAUAGCCAACGCUUUGCUUGCGUAACUCGACACGAGUUUUCCGGGGAAGACGUACCGCUUGCGGGUUGUUUGGCAACGGCCACUCUGUCUUGUCUGCUGUAAGUCGCGUCCGGCGAGAGAAGCAGCUCUUGCUCCACUCAGCGCAAUGCAGCCAUGCAUGCUCAACGUGUCGGCCAAGUCUCGAGUAGAGGUUUGCCAUGAUACCAAGAGUCAAUGCCCCAAGAAGGUUAGGGAUUUGGCUGUUUCCCAAGAAGUAUUGACCACAAGUACUGCUAACGACAUAUGCAGUACAUGACAUAGCGAGCAUGAUUGGUGUCUGCUUCCAGUUGGCUUGGCAAAUGAUGGCGGUACAAAAUGUAAACCCACAAACAAAAAUGAUGUGAAAUCGGCGGUCCAGGGGGUCAGUGCAUUUCGUAGCGCUUGAUGCGUUGGAGUCCAUGAUUCCGUAUAUCGAGGCGCCAAUGGUCAGUCCAUAUCCCAGCAGAAGUGUAUAAAUCAUUGCAUAAAUCAGACGGACGCUUCCUGCAACGAUAUUAUGACUCUGAAGUUCCAAAGAACUACAUAAAAUCAUGUAUCCAGGCAAAAUAAGUGCCAGGCUACAUUGCGCAAGCGUGCUGAAACAGAAUAAUUGCCCGCCGUAGAGAGAUCCAAAGAAGCGGCCACCAAAUGCUGUCAUCAUGGCGGCCAUGACUUCCAAAACCGGAGCAUACAGCUCAUUGCUUGCAGCACAGUAAUAUUGAAGUACGCCAACAAUGGUGCCCAACAAGAAAGCCGGUGGUAGAUCAAUAAUGCGGCCGCCAAAAGCAACUGGUGCAGCGCACAUAGAGAUGCCACCGCACAUCAAGACGCGAAACCAGACCGAAUAUUUGUAUUUUCGGCCGAUAACCUCUUCGAGCCAUUCCAUAGCUUCGUCCACAUCGAUUCGUUUGUGAAUAACCAGUUUGUAAAUCUUAUGCGCGUCACGCAACUUUCCUAGAUCAAUGUCCUGAGGUGCUCGUACAACCUUGAUUUCGCUGGUAUGCGUACAGCUAUCGUCAAAAACAACAAUCAUGCAGGAUGGAAAGUACAGAAACUGGCCUUCGAUCUCCAACGCCCGCGCAGAGAGACCCAUACACUCUUCCAGUCGAUGUGUUGGAGCGCCGUAGAGCAUGAGAGCGUAGCAGAGUCGAAGAAGGUAGCGACGUCGUAGCAUAACGUCAUCUUCCAGAGUCAUAGGGCUUCCUGCAAGAAUACCAGACGGUAUUCUCUGUUUCUUCUCCGCCCAUCUUGCUGAAGUAUCAAAGGAGUGUGUAUCGCUACUCGUUCUGUUGGUGUUGCUGCCAUCCUCUGUACGAUACAUCUGGAUCAGGGAUGAUAAUACUCGAUCACCAUGAGUGGGAGGUGGUUGCGUUAGGUUGCUUUCUUCGUCUCCGAAAGAGGUCAUUUUUUCAACUCCGCUGCCGCAGAGGGCGCGUUUUGAUUGUGGUCGCUAGCUGCCAGAGCUCUGUGGUGAAGUAUCCCUCUACAACGUGAAUCGAAAACCGUGGUCUUGCUGUUUUGAGUCUGAAAAUUAAACAGCCUUGCAAAACCAUCGAAAAGGAAAACGAAGCUGUGACGACAGCGUACUAAUGAUAUAAGGGGGGAAUUCUACAGUGGCGCGGCCAAUCGAAUCAAAACGACGGUACAGUUGUCUUCAUGCCUAGAGGCGCUAGGCCGUGUUAGCCGCAGAGCUAAGACGUGGGGGAGGCUGGGUCUGAGUUUUCCACCAGGUAUUUCAUCUUCUAGCCAGUCGGAUAGGCUCGUGGAGGCGUUCUGUGGCAAGUUAUUCUGAAACCUUGUCUUAGCAUGGCGACGUGAAGACGAGGUAGACAAGAACGAUGUAGGCUAGCGGAGAGAAGAUGCCGCAUUUGUAGGCAGUCUGGCAUUGGCUAGGGGGCUAAGUCAUGCACGUCAGGAUGAUGAAAAGCUUGUGCCGGUAUGAGGAAUGUCUUGGUGCGCGGGUGAGACAUGCUCAAGUAGGAAGGAGGGGAUAAUAACUUUUCUACAAGAUGCGGACAAAACAUGCCGGAAGAGACUUGUGGCAUCUCGUUUGGAACAAUUUGUCGGGAAAAGCUUUCCAUUUGCCCAACAUUUCCAUGAUGUAUGUGUUGUUACCGUGUUUUGGCCGCGUCGUUGGCGAUGUUGCCAAGUGGAGGUUUUGGGGCCUAUUUUUUUUUCCCUUUCUCUUACCCUUUCAAGCAACUGUAGGUGCCAUCGAUCGACACUUGGCCUCUCUUUCGCCUCUCCACAUUCUCGAUCCGACCCGCAAUUCAAACCAGUCAUAUUUCUCAUGCAUGCCUAGAAUGAAAUCUCCGAUCUAGCUAUUCAAGUCACGACUUGGAAAGCUUUGUUCAUCGAUCGCACAGGGCAUGACUGGUCCAUAUAUAUCAAUCAACCUGGAAAAGUGUAGCAACCCCGGCAUUUGUUGUGGCUGGUCUCUCCGAACACGAAACCAUAGCUAUACUGAGACACAUGCAAGUUGUAUGAUUGCACCGGUGGGUUAUUGGCGUCUAUAUUUGUCUAUUCAAGUUCUCCGUCCUAGCUCGUAAAUAGAUAGGCUGUGACUAGCUAGUACGUUUACAACAACCAUCUGAUUAGAAUGAAAUUUAAAACAAAACAAAGAGGGCCCUUGGUGAUGACCAAGGGAAAGAAGUCAUGGAAGGGAAGUAACGCGUGAUUGUGAAAGCAAAGUGAGUGGAAGCGCAUGGCUUAGAGGACGAAGGCAACAAGUCCAACGACGGCUGCCAAGGCAGAGACAGCAACACGAGCUCCGCUGCUGGCAAUGAUGGAGGGAGGACAGUUCUCACCGGUGCAGCCUUCGGGCUUCUUGUUACCAGUGCCAGGGCAGUUCUCGCCAUGGCAGCUGUUGUCACUGCCAGGGUAGUAGCCUCCAGUGGCCGAUGGUGUGGCCACCAAGGUGUUAGUGCUGUUGUUCCAGCCUGGGACGAUGUUGAGGCUCUGGCUGGGCUUGGGGUUACCGCCGGUCUGCUUGGGGGUCUCCUCACCAGGGCAGUAGGUAGUGGUGAUAACCUCAGUGGUGACCUUACCAACAGGGCAGUUUGUGACGGUAGGGGCACAGCUGGUGAUGGUGUAAGUGGUCGUGAUGUGAGUGGUGAUGGUCUCGUUGUCACUUCCACCGGUGGGUUUGGAUGCAGAAGGAGAAGGCUUGGUGCCCUUGGAAACAGGGCAGACAGUCGUGUAUAGGGCAACCGUCUCAGUAGUGACCUUGCCAAUAGGGCAGCUGGUCACAGUCGGGGCGCAGCUGGUGAUGGUGACCGGUCUGGUGGUGUAGACAGUGGAGGUGGUCAUCUCAACAGAGGUGGCAGAAGCCGACGAGUUGGACCAUCUGGUGGAGCUGCUAAUAGCGGAGGCUUCCGAAGCGCUGGACACGCCGGUGGGCUUGGUAGAUGCGGUGUCAGGCUGUCCAGAGCUGGCAGUAGACGAAGCAGAAGAGCUAACGGCAGUGGUUGAAGACUCAACAGAGCUAGUGGACGAGCUCGAGACAGUGGUGCUAGUGGAGGAAACGACGGUUGAGCUAGUGGUGACGGGAUCGAGGCGGGAGUCCUGGAAGAAACGAAUAUCCUUGACCUUGAAGAAUGACUCCGCAAAGGCUUCAGGGUGAGAGUUGACAAAUUCCGUGCAGGUCGCAACACCAGUCUGAGCACCACAUGUAUGAUCCCAAAACUGGGGGAACUUGGCGGGCUCACCGCAGAAGUCAAGGUUGAGGAUAACCUUCUGAGGGCCAAAGUGCUUGUUAAGGUCGCACUUGUUGUUGCUUACGCGCAUGAUGGGCUGACCCCAAGACGCAGUAUCAGGGUGAUCAGAGUUGAUGUUGCUAGGCUCAGCACCGGUAGAGAAGCCAUAGAUGCUGAUGGUUUCGCCAGUCCACUCAAGAGCAUCUAUCUUUGAGUUAGCGAUAUCCAGCCCAAAUAGUAUAUGCCACCAAAGGUUACUUACAAAUUCCACCGUUGGAGGAACCAUAGGGGGCGCUGUUGGCAUUAGCUGAGCAACCUUGGUUGACGAAUUGGGUUUGGCCGUCGGUGUAGGUGUUGUCGCAGUUGCUAGUGAUAACCUGGCCCGUUACAUGCUCAUUAUCCACGAAGCAAGCUCCGUAGUCACUGGCGUUACCAGUGUGGAUGGCGGGCUGGUUGUUGGCAUCGAGGUUCCAGUGCUCGUAAAUGUCAAUCUCGCCCUGGCCUGGCCAAACAUCACCCUUAGUCCAGCUAGAUUUACGCAUUAGCUCAUACAAUCAACAGCGUACUAGGACACAAACGUACAAAGCAGGCCAAAGUCCACAAGCAGGCUUAGGGAAGUGUGUGAAGCGAGCAAUCAUCAGACCUUCUGUGUAAGACUUCCUGGAUUCGAGGCGAACACUGCGGCGGUAGUCCUUCUUGGUAGUCUCGGGCCUCACAAAGAAGUCAUCGCCAUCUGAACCAACGAGGCCGAGCUUAAGGGCCUCGGCCUGGCCAACGUAACUGACAUCGCCAUUGGAAGGGUCAUGUUGCUAUUUCAAGGUUAGCAAAUGUUUGCUGCACCGUAAACAUAUACGAUUACUUGCAUCCCAGAAGUUGAACUUGUCGAGGAAGUUGGUCUUGUCGUACGUCUCAACAACAGAGAACUUGGUGGCAGCGACGGAUCCAGCGCAAGCCAGAAGAGCCGUGCUGACGGCAGCAAAGGAAUGCAUUGUUGGGGUAAAGAACGUUUGGAUUCAAGCGAAUGUAAGCGACACAAGGUCAAGAAAUGAGUGUGGUGGACGUUUGAUACGUCGAAGAAGAAACAAACCAAGCUGCGUCUGUCGUAAAGCAAGAAGCAAAACUUGAGAGAAGAGAGGACAGCAGCCACCAGAGGCUAAUACGGGAGUCCAUGGCUUUUCUAGUGAUGUGUGUCUGUGUGGCGGCGG